AUGACCAGUCUUCGCCCCAUGAUGGUUGAAGACCUGCUUCAUUUCAACGCAGUGAAUCUGGAUACUUGGACGGAGACUUUCAACAUGAACUUCUACUUCAACUACCUGACGCGCUGGCCGGAAUGCUGCGCUGUUGCAGAAGCCGAUGGCCAAAUCGCUGGGUACAUCAUCGGAAAGGUUGAGGGUGUUGGCCCAGAGUGGCAUGGCCACGUAUCGGCCAUCUCUGUCGCACCAGAGUUCCGCCGAACUGGUGUGGCCAACCGCCUAAUGGAGUACCUGGAAGAGGUGAGCGAAAAGGUGCACGACUGUUAUUUUGUUGACCUCUUCGUGCGGCCUACAAACACCGCAGCGAUCAAAUUCUAUGAAGGAUUGGGAUACGUUGUUUAUCGAACGGUCACGGGAUACUAUUCCGGCGAUGAGGACGCCUUUGAUAUGCGCAAGCCACUGCCGCGCGCGGCUGGGACAAGACUUAUCAAAAAAAUUGGAAGGCAUCUUGUCAAAGUUUGUUGCUGGUUGCUGGCUGCGAACCUCAGGAUGAGCUGCGCAAGUCCGUUGCGAACGCUGGCUUCCGGAUUUCCCCGGAAGCCCUCCACGCUGGGUCGGGCUGAGGCGCUGUUGGGGUUUGACGUGGAGGCUGCGCAGCCUCCCUUGGCUUGGACCCUGCGAACGCGGCUCCAAAAAAAGGUUGCGCCCGCAGCGCCUGCGACAAAAGAGAAGGUCGACAAGCAAAAGCGAGACAGGGCACAUGUUGGCUUUUAUUUGGAGUUCGUUGAUUCCUUAAAGCUGCAGCACUUUGUUAGUACAGGCAGGCCCGUCGAAGUUGAGGGCCUCGGCCCUGAGGUUUAG